UUCAUGUCGAAACACGUUUUUGUCGUUUGGUAACUUUUCCUGAAAACACUGCUAAAAAUAUUUUAAGCGUACCAAGCGAGAUCCAAAAAAUUUGAUUGUGUGUACACUGUACGACAUACGAUGGAGUAGUGGGGCCGAGGGAUCUCACGGUUUGUCAAGAAAUCAUUUCUGGUUUUUGUACCUUUCGGUUUUGCUUCUGAAGCUUGGCCUUCGAAUACUCCGAUUUCCAAAAAUGGCAAGGCCCUCGCGAUCUCACAGUGAACUCCGUGUGCGGAUGGUUGAUUUUGAGGAUUUUGGAACAUCAGGCCGAGAUAGCACAUCCAGAUAUUUCCACGAGAUUGGGGCGUUGAACACAGUAUUUCGUAAGCGAUUGAAUCAAGCACUGUCUAUUCACCCGUGCAUUCCUUUGGCUGACACCUUGCAUGAAUACAUCAAGUAUCAACGUGCGCUGGAAGAUAAAUACGGAAUUAUUCUUCCGGAUCAGUCAUCGCCGGCGGGCUCUUCCAUAUCGGCUACUUCGGCGGCGAGCCCCACUUUGCCAGCGAAACCACUUCCCUCCAGCUCUGUGUCGUCACUGGACUCCGCCACUGGUGUUGCAGCCAGCCCAAAGCUUGUUGAACCCAAAAUAGCCACACCUACUCCUACUGCCCAAUCUUCAGAAGAGUCUGACGUAUCUUCUCGGCCCUCUAAACGAAAAGCGGUUGACGACGAGACUGACAAAGGGAAAAAAUCGGUGGAGCCGUCGAGCAUUCCGCCGUUUCAACGCGGGAAAACAACAGUGACAAGCGUGGUGGACGCACCGCGCACGGACGAGUUUCAGUCGAAGAUUAAAAAACCGGCGGUUGUGUCGAAACCUGUCGAAGGUGCCAAAAAACCCGUUUUUGCCGGGUUUGACUUUAACAAAGCCGGGACUUCAUUCGGUCAGCCUGCAGCAAGCGCCAGUACGUCGUCCUUUGCCUCCAUUUUCAGUCAGUCUACAGACAACAAGCAGGACGAAAAUCGUGAACCCAUAUCGGACGCUGGAAAGUCUACAUUCAAGACAUCAUUUGCUCAAAGUGUUGGCGCGGGAGGUGAAGUGGUUGCUAGAGAAGUGGUCGCGGACCGAACGCUCAACGAAGGUUUGUCAGCCAUCCCGCAAACCACCGAUCGCACUGUCUUUCGCGCAGGUUUGAAAAAAGACGCGGAGGUUCCUGUGGAAAAGACCAGUAGUUCAUUUUUCAGUUUCUCAAAACCUCCUGUGAAUGAAAGCGCCAAAGACGAAAGUAGCAAGCAAAUGCCGGCUGCUACAACUAAUUCCAUAUUUGGAAAUUUUGGAGGGGCAGGAUCUCUUCCCUCGUCGGGAUUUAGUGGAUUCAGCUUUAAUAGCUUUAAAAUGCCAGCGUUUAAUAUUCCACCGGCUGCUUCGGAUAAUAAGGAGGACGCAGCGGAAAAUGGUGAUGAUGGAGAGGAAGCGGAAGCACCGCCGGUUGUUCCUCCAGAGGAGCGGGACGCUGUGGAGACGGACGCGGUGAUGUCACAGCGCUGCAAGGUGUUCUACCUGGAUGCGGGCAAGUAUAAUGUGCGCGGCACGGGAAUGGCACAUCUGAAGGUUAUUAGUGAUAAAGCUGUGCAAUUGCUGAUACGAGCCGGUACGGCGUUGGGAAACAUUCUGCUUAACGCUCGAAUCAAUAAGGAGACGAAAGUUUCGCGGAGCAGCAGGGACAAAAGCGAAUCUGUGGACAUUGUCUGCUUGCCGGAACCAGCAUUUAAAGGUGCUGACCCCAAGAAAUUGUACCCCUACGUCAUCAAAUUCAAGGAUGCUGCUGCAGCGGAUCAGUUCUACAACAAGAUCCAAGAAUUGUUAAAAUGAUGUGAAAUUUAUUUUUAUUUGAUACACGGGCAUUUGUUAACUUAUGAAUUAACAUCUGGCUUUUUCGGUUCGAUUUUUUGCUGUACGUGCCUGUAAUUAACAACAUAUUAUUAACGCUUCUGUGACCUACGGUAGGCGAUGGAUCCUGCACUUGUAGGAAUAUCUGGCCUGUCUUGGCUUGUUGUGUGUAUCAUUUUUCGAAAACAGUGCGAAAUUAGUAAAGUGAUAACUGUUAGAUAUUAACGGGUUUUCGAU